CGCAGCAACAAAUAACCAAUUAAAAAUUUUGGGUACUCAUUAUUACCAGGCCAGCUGAGUGGGCCAAUGAGCAGUAAGAAACUGGAGCGGGCCCCCAAAACCUAUUACCAUUACGCGCCAUCUUGAUUGUGACCACCCGAUUCGCCCUCAGCCGUCCGAUCUGAUUCCAACAAAAUCGACCCUUUCCCCUUUUCCUUCUCUCUCCCUCCUUCCUCCGUGCACUUGCAACAGUUUUGACUGUCACUUACUUACCCUCUCUCUCUCUCUCUCUCUCUCUCGCUAAAACAGCUCUCCGCUUUCUCGUCCGUUUCCGCUCGGACGGAAGUUGCUCCGAAAAUUUGCACAGGAAGCGGGCGGCCACCAGCAUCGACUUCCUCUCCCCAGCCGUUGGUUUCUUUUCACAUUCAGCUUUCCCUCUUUCUCAUCUGCAUCUCUCUGCUAUCUGAUCUCGUUCCUUGCUCGGCGGGACAUAAAACGGGCCACCGACAAGCGUUUCUUGAUUGAGCUCCGAAACGUCUGCUUAAGCUGCUGGGUAUGUGGUCUUUCUCUCUUCUUUACUCCUCGUUGCUUGGGUUCCCGGAAAAGUUUGCAAGAAAAUUAUUUGAUUUUAGAUUAUGUGUCUCCAUAGUGUUUGAUCUAAUGCUCCACUGGUAUAUUCUUUCUUUUUUGUGUAUAUUCGAUUGGAUGAGUUUGCGUGGGUUUGAUCGGGUUAAGACUAAUUGGAGGUUGUUAGAUGUGAGGGAGAAGGUGGGUAGCGAGGGAAAAGGGGAAAAGGCUUCAACUUUAAGCAAAUUGGCUUUUGCUUUCGCCUUGCUUCAUAGCUUUUUCUCUUUUAAGCAAAAACCCAACCGGGAACGUUGUUUAGGUAAUCUGGAAAAGAGUUGAAGCUUAGCUGGGGAUGCCGUCCUUUACCGUAAGGCCAGAUGUGCUAGGAUUAUGACGUUUCAGUCUUCCCUUAUCUCAAGUUCCUCAAGGAAAUCCGGGUUUAUGGACCACCUUUUCCUUUUCAUUUCGAAUCCAACAGCUCUCUGCCUCUAGUUUCUUUCUUUUUCUUUUAGCUAUUUACUGCUUAUUGUCUUCUAGCUUCCAAUUUCAAUUUUCAAAUUGGGGGUGCCCCUAAGCUGCCUGAGUUGCCCCUGCAUGCCUUGUUCAUCUUCUCAAUAGUGUUUUUCUUUUCGGGGACUACAUGACAAGCUCAGUGUUUGUCCUUGGAUCCAUUACAUGGUUGUCUUGUAAUACCAAAGGAGAAUGCAAUCAUGUUCUUACAUCUUGACCUGCCGCUGCUGGAUCACAUGCUUGGUUCUUGAAGCUGAAGCUGAAACUCCUUUGUGAAAAUUACCUCUUUUGUUUACCUGGAAGUGCCAGUCACGUUCUUCCAUUUUUCAUGUCUCAAGGCUCAGAAUAUUCUUGAGCCAGGAAAUGAUACAUAUGUGGUCCCUGCUGAAUGCUUGAAGUAUGCUUACUUGCAGCUUACUGGUCUCUAAUGCUUAAUCAAAUUGAGGCAUACUGCUGAAGAAACACGUCAAAUAGUAAGAAGAUGAAAUGGAACAGCAGUUGGAGCUGGAAAGGAAUUUGAGGAAUCGUCAACCUUCAGUAGCAGCUUCUAGUACAAGUCGAACAGUCCCAGCAGGGUCUCAGAGUCCACAACUGCCUGAAAGAUCCAAGCCAAAAGAAAAGCAUCUGUCUUAUUCUGAUCUUCAUCGUCACAUCACGGAGAGUGUGGAAGAGAUCUCAAAGAAGCAAAAUAAGAAGGCAGCAGAAGAAGAGGAGCUCGUAAAGUAUAUGUCGAAUUUGCCAAGUUAUCUGGAGAAAGGUAGAGCUCAACAAGAGAAAUUCUUGAACGUUGGAGUACUGGACUGGAGUCGUCUUGAGAAGUGGCAGUACAGCAGCAGCCAUCAUAGAAGGCUUUCAGUGUCGAGUAAUAAUUCAUGUUCAUCAUUUGUAUCGGAAGGAUCUUCUGUUAAUUCAAGUAGAGGUCAGAGCUCUCCUCCUUCUCGCCAAAGGAUGCGUCAUCCGUCAUUGCAGUUCCAUUUGUCGUCGUUGUCGCCAUCGUCAGCAACAAGGCAUUCUCAGAUUCUCAACUCCUCUGAUGAAGGUGAUGGAAAUUCUCACAACCAUCACAGUCGUCUUGCGACUGACACUAGAAGUGCUGAGCAAGCAACAUACACAAGAAUGGGCAAAGCUAUUUCAGAGGACCCUCUAGAAUUAAGCUUUGAUCAAUGGAGGAGGAGAAAAGAUGUGACUGGUCAAAAGAUGAACUCUAGAAGUAGUGUUAGUGGCGUAAAAUGCAAAACACAACAAGUGGUCAGAGAUAAGAUGAAGGUCAUAGACCAGGGAUACACGAGGAGACCUGAUAAGAUGCAAGAACGAAAGGUAAACGUGAUAGACAGGGAAAACUGUCAAAAGAGUGAACCAGUGGUUCUUCUUCUACCCAAAGAUGAUGCAAAUGGUUCUCGUUCCGGGAUUCCCAAGUGUCCAAAGUCAACGAUGCUCUUAGGUCGAAGAUCAGCAGAAGUACAUCAUAUGAGUUCUCUGCAGAAACCUAGGGAAAUACACUAUACUGUAGUCAGUUCAAAUGUCCCACACUCAUGCCCUCUGCCAUAUGAAUGUGAUAGAGAAGUUGAAGCACAGAACUCCUUUUCACCACAUUCCUCCCAGUCUGCACAUCAUCAAGCUGAAGUAAGCGAAGAACCAUCAAACCUUUGCAGAACUGUUGAAGCCAAUGUAACUCAGAGAAAUGCUGCUGGUCUGCGAGAGACCUCCUCUGGAGCAAAUCUGAAACCGGAUAAGCUAACUCCUCCAGAAAAGAUAAGGAGUACGUCUCCAUUUCGCAGACUUAGCAUGGGUAUGGGAAAGAUAACUAGAAGUUUAAUCCCAAAAGAGACUGCAGCUGUACCACAAUCAACUUCGUCCUGCAAGUCUGCAAAUUCUGGUUCUGAGGAUGGCAUUGCUGUUGGGCAAGCUACUAGCAGUGGCAGGUCGAGGUCAAGCCCUUUGAGAAGACUGCUGGACCCACUUCUGAAGCCCAAGGUUCCACAAAACUGUCAUUUGACGAGGGGGAGAGAUGUUAAUUCUUCUGUAGACACAUGCUGUAAAUCAUCAGACAGGCAAGUAUGUUCCUCCUCUCCAAGUUCACAUCCUGCUGGGAGAGUAAGCUUGGAUGCAACCAAUGUUAGGGAUACAAGUGUCAAGGAUUUCCCUCUUAAGAUGAAGAAAAAGUCAAGUGCAUUUCAGGCCUUGCUGCGAGUAGCAGUUAAGAAUGGGCAGCCGCUUUUUACAUUUGCUGUCGACAAUCAACCUGACAUUCUUGCUGCCACAAUGAAGAAGUUGAGUUCUGCUUCAGAUGAUGAUUGCAUUUAUACAUUUUUUUCCAUUCAAGAAGCAAAGAAGAAGAAUGGGAGUUGGAUGAAUCAUCAAAAAGGUGGGAAAGGAAAAGGCAAAACUCACGAGUAUGUCCCCAAUGUUGUAGCACAACUUAGGGUUUCUGGGUUGACUGGAUCAGACUAUCUGGAGCAGCAACAUUGUGCUGCCAGAGAGUUUGUUUUAUUUGCUGUGGACUUGUUACCACAAUCAGAACCCCAGCAGCAGGAGCAGCAGACAUUGGAGUUCCAGCCAAACGACGAGCUUGCCGCUGUUGUGGUCAAGGUCCCAAGGACAGUUAUCAACAAGAAGACAAUAAGACAUGAGCCUGAACCUGAUCCUGAGAGUGGCUGCAAUCUGCAACAAGGGGGAUCCAGAUCUGCUUCUAGUCAGACUGCACAGUAUCAGCACCGUGUAGUUGCAAAUGAAAGCUUUAUCAGUGUGACAGCUGUACUUCCUGGUGGUGUUCAUUCAAUACCCACCACCAAGGGAGGGCCUUCAUCAUUGCUCCAACGUUGGAAAUCUGGGGGGUCAUGUGAUUGUGGAGGUUGGGAUUUGGGCUGUAAUCUUCGGGUUCUCAACAACAACACAAAUGAACUUAACCAGAAACCAGUUCCAUUCCAGCCUUGUUCUACUACCACGGAUAAAUUUGAUCUCAUCCCUCAGGGGGGAGAAGGAAAUAAUGAGCCUGUGUUCAGCCUGGCACCUUUUAAGGAUGGGAUCCACACGGUCGAGUUCCAUUCAUUGCUUUCACCUCUGCAAGCAUUCGCCCUCUGUAUAGCAGUCGUGGAUGGUAAGAAACUUAUGGAAGUCGAAGAAUCAUGCAGCUCGCUCGAGGGAAAAGCUACUCUGGACGCCCUACUUGCCCAAAAUGAUGCAUGGACAGGAGGACCUGGAAUUGGCGGAGAGAUUCCUGCAAGAUAUGUCUCAUACCCACCCGUUUCUCCUGUGGGAAGGGUCUAGUUCUGCUUAAUAUGCUGUUCGCUCUUUUGACAAGCAUUCUCCAAGGAUCGAGGAAGAAGAAAGAUGAAUGCUUUUGUAAUUAUACAGGCGGCACAGAUAGAAUAUUUCUCUUAUAAAAAAUAUAUAUGAACUAGAUUGGGAUGAGCGACUGUGCAAUCCUGCAGUUGGAAUGGGAAAAGAAUAAGCAGCUCGAUGGGUGAUGCUGAACCCUCUUAUAACUCUAGUAGCAGUAGCAGUUAAGACUAGUUUCUUUUGAUGUUGUUCUCUCUUUGUUGGAUCGAUACAAGUAGCAUCAGCUGAACCUUGAAACUCUGAUACCUUCGUCAUAUAUGUCAAGUGUGCAUAUCAGCAUGAAUGAAGUGAUGGUGUUUCGUCUCUUAUUUUAUUAAUUAUU